CAGUAACAAACAGCAAUCAUGUUUGUAGGUAAGAUUGCCUCGAUCUCGUGCUGUCACAAAGCAACGGCGUGUCUGGUGGUGAUUCUUCUAAUAAUCACUUGUCUUACACUCUUUGGUAUUAUUCCAACGAUAAAUGGGGGCAUUCCCGCUGGCGAGGAUUCGAUGCGUCCGGAAACGACGACACCGCAAGGAAGACUUAGAGGUAUAAAUAUGGUCACACACCUUGGCAGAAAAUUCUCGGCCUUCAUUGGAGUCCCGUUUGCCGAGCCACCGGUUGGAGAUCUUAGGUUUAAACAAGCUGUCCCGGCAGGUCCUUGGAGCGGAACACUGGAUGCUGACCACAUGCCUAACGCAUGUAUUCAGAACGAGGUGGAGCUCAUGGGGGAUGAGGACUGCCUUUAUCUUAAUGUUUAUACGCCGCAGCUUCCCAGUAGCAAAAAUGCUACGCUACUGCCAGUGAUGAUCUACAUCUAUGGUGGACAAUUUAGGUUUGGAACGAGCACUCCUGACCGAUGGAGUCCAGAAUUUCUUCUUAAUAAGGACAUAGUUCUCGUAGUGCCGAACUAUCGUUUUGGAAUACUGGGAUAUUUGAGUACCGGUGACGAAGUAUCACCUGGAAAUAAUUUACUAAAAGAUAUAGUCGAAGCUCUGAGAUGGAUCCAAAAAAACAUUAAGUAUUUCGGUGGUGAUCCCAAUCGAGUAACUAUCUUCGGUGGAAGUUCAGGCGCUGCUAGCGUUCGCAUUUUAACUGUAUCUCCUUUAACAAAAGGGCUCUUCCAUCAAUACAUGACACACAGUGCACCAGGACUCUCGCCUCCUGUUCCUGAACCGUAUUCGGUGGCCGCCAGGCGAGCCACUAAGUUGGGUGAAUACCUUGGUUGUCCAACCAACACGUCGACUGCCCUUGUUAAUUGCCUGAGGACUUUCAAUGGGUCAUACUUGUAUGAAACAGAUUUGGUGAUGAAAGAAAUGCACAUGGCUAGAUCUACUGUUUGGUAUCCUGUUGUCGAACCUGACGUAGAAGGUGCAUUGAUUACGGAUACUCCAGAUAAUAUCAUUGCCAAUGGCGAAAAGCAUGACUUGCCAUGGGUGGCUCUCGUCACUAAGGAAGAAGGAAUUGUUACAACUGCAGUAUACUACAAUAGACCAGACUUGUUCCAACAAUUUUUAGACGACGUUGACUCUCAAUUAAUUAGCUUCUUGAGAUAUGACGUAUGGUCAGCUGAUGUCGAUGCCCAAACUACUGCUCUGAAGUCUCGUUACCUGAACGACCUAACUGCCGAUAGAAAAUUGCUACUACACAAUUUGACUGACAUCAUUACCGAUUACCAGUUCAUCUACCCUACUUACAAAGACGUUAAGCAAUAUGUAAACAAUUCUGCUUACAAGAAUUCCGUAUACUUGUGCACUUUUGACUACCAGGGCACUUUAAGUUAUAGCUACAAAUUUAGUGACGGUAACACGGAGGAUUGGGGCGCGGCACACGGUGAUGAGCUGCUUUACCUUCUUCCUGGACCGAACGAAAUGUUUGGGCCACCGGGCUUGGAACGUAGUAAGAUGGACCUAAAAAUGGUUGACUCGAUGGUAGAGCUAUGGACAUCGUUUGCUAUCAAUGGGAUACCGACUACUACAGCACUUAUUGACAGUGCAAUUUGGGAACCAUUCUCGUCAGAUGAAAAAUAUCUUCAGAUCGGGAAUGAACGGGAUGCUGGAAUUAAGGUUAAAAGUGGUUUUCACGAAGAAAGAAUGCAGUUUUGGGAAAAGUUCUAUGCUGCUGAAAAGUAGAUUUAUUUUGAACUGCGGUUCCUAAUCAGAAUCCGCAUUCUCUGCUUAAAAAUAUUUUGUUGUGACUUACCCGUCGGAGAACCUGAAAGAGAUAUAGCAAUAAAUAUUUGAUGCCGAUCUU